AUGGCUAUUCUUAAUUUGCAAGCUAUACUGAAUGUGGAUGAUGUAGAUAUAGUUAUCAAGUUGCUAGAGCAAAAUAAUUGGGAUGAGACAACUGCUGCAUCUGCUUUCUAUGCUUAAUAGAUCAAUGAUUAGCAAAGAAAUUCAAGACCGAGAAAUGAUAGUAAUUUCUAUUAAGAAGAAGAUGAUACUGGUGUAAGAGCUCCAAUGCAAUUCCAAUAGGAGCAAUUGAUAGAUGAUAAUACAAAUUUAAUUGCAAAUAUGGGAGUUUAUCAAGCGUUAGCUUAAGCAUAAAGACGAUAAACUUGGAGAGCACCUAGUUAUAGAUUCACAAAUAAUAUAGAUGAUGAUGAAGAAGAGGAGGAAAAAAUGGAAGAUGAGAACAAUGGUCAAAACAACAAUUAAAAUUAGGGCAUAUUUGGAAGUGUCUUUUAUUAUACCAAAUACUUCUUCCUUACUAUCUGGAACGGAUUUACUUACAUAUUUAAAACAGUUUUCGCAAGAGGAGAUGUUCAUCCAAAUACUAAUGGCUAAGAAUUUGCAGCUGUGUUUGAUUAAGCAAUGAGAGAUCUUUAAAGGCAAAAUGAAGUUAGAGUAAAAUUUUUCGAUAGCAGCUUUCAUGAACUUUGCGAAAAAUCAAGAGAAUAAAAAAAGCCAUUGCUUAUUGUAAUGCUAAAUGAAUAAGAUGAGGAAACAUUUAGAUUUACUGCUAAUGCCUUCUCAAAUUAAGAAGUUUAAAGUUUGAUGAAUAAUGAUUUCCUUAUUUACGGCAUGUUUAAAGAACGAGCAGAGGCUAAUCUCUAAAGAGAAUUAAAAUUCCCAGCAAACGCUACUCUAUGCGUGUGGAUGCUUACUGUAGGGCAUGAUCAAAAUAUUACUAUACAGUCUCGACAUGGGGGUAUGGCUGAUGAAUUUAUGCCAGAAAAUUAUUUACCUUAUCUUCAUUAGAAUUUAGUCUUGUACAGAAUUAUUGCUGAGGAAGACCCAGAUUACUAAAGAAUUUAGAUACUUCAGGACGCUGGAAUUAUUCCGAUCGAUGCACGACCAAGUCAUAGAGGUUCUUCAAUAUUUGGCUCAGACUCAUAGUCAUUCAUUUAAGACCCCUUAAUUGAAGAGUAAAAGCAAAGAUUGAGUCAAGAUAGAGCUCUAAAAGAAAAACAGAAGAGAGAAUUGGAGGAGGCUUAAUUGCUUGAUUAAAUAAAAAGAAGUGAAGAAGCAGAAAAAUUGAAACAAUAACAAUAAGAAGAAGAGUAGAAACGCCUAGAUUAGUUGCUUUAAGAGCAAAUUCAUUAACAAAAACUAACUAUAGCUUAGAAAAAGAAGGAAUAAUUGCCACUUGAACCACCUGAGGGUGAUCCUAAUGUGUGUUCCUUAGUUUUCAGACUCCCAGGAUCUGGGGAAAGAGUGUCAAGAAGAUUUCUUAAAACCCAGAAGAUUUAACUAAUAUAUGACUACAUUGAGAGUCUAGGAGAAUAAUUACAGUUUGAAACCCCUCACUGCGAUUUCAUCAUUUUUCAAAGCAUGCCAAAGAAAGAAUAUAAUGACAUGGAGAGAACUUUAGCUGAGGAAGGAUUAUUCCCUAGAGCUAUGUUGUAGAUUAAAGAGAAGGAAUGA